AAUGAGACUGAAGUCAAGUUUGAUUAGCUUGAAAUCAAAGCUUUCAAGAUCAUGCAACAGACUCAUCUCCUUCUUCCAUGCCCGUUUUGGCAAUGUCAAUACCACACAGUCUUCUUCUUCUUCUAGUUUGUUGUCUUGUCUCUGUUUCCUCAAUACUAAUAAAGAUCAGAGGAUGAGCCAGAUCAGACCCAGAAGUUCCCCGUCUAGUCUGAUCGAUGGUGUGAAGCUUCUGCAUUCAAGGAAGAUGUUUCCUUUGGCUGCGACGCAAAGGAACAAGAAAGCGAGGAAGAGUCAAAGAUACAUGUCAAAGGAAAAUGGUGUGAAAGAGGCUUGUAGAAGCUUCGAGAACUAUAUGAUCCAUAUGGUCGUUGAAGAUGGGAAAAUUGAUGACUUGAUGGACAUGGAAGAGUUUCUCUAUUAUUGGAAUAAUCUGAAUAACCCUAUCUUCCUUGAUCUUGUUACUAGAUUCUAUGGAGAGCUCUGCACUGACUUGUUCCCAGUCGAUGAUGACUGUGUUAAAAAUUGAUCAAAAUGGGUUUUUUUUUUUUUUUUGGGCAAAGAAAAUGGGUUAACACAGAGUAUAUUUCUCUGUGUUGUGUAUUUUUGUAAGUUCUGCAACUUCAAGUGACAGGAACUUGAUUCACUACAAG